AUGGACGCCGACUACCACCAUGUGGUCGACAACUGUGAAGAAGCAUGGACAGCGAGGUCGCGGUUGAAGAUGCUCUAUGGUGGGUCGCAGAAGGCGGGACGCAUCUACCUCAAGCACCAGCUGUUCAGCAUCAAGAUGGCGGAAGGUGCCAACGUCUUGCACCAUUGCAACGAAGUCUUGAACAUCGGCGCCAAGCUCAGCAGCAUCGGUGCCAAGAUGGAAGACGAAGACAUUGCGAUCUGCUUGCUGCUCAGUCUCCCGAAGAGUUUCGAGAACGUGGUUCUGAACUUGGAGAUGAGCAAUGCAGAGCUGCGCACGCAAGAUGUGGUCAAGGUGCUGACUAACGAGCACAUCAAGCGACAAGGCGAGAAGAUGACAACGGCAACGACAACGGUGAAGACUGAAGAUGCGACAAAGGCAUUCAGUACCGAGCGCAAGCCCUACCAAUGCACAUACUGCGGCAAGCCCAACGCGGCGGCAAUGGUCGUGGACGCGGGGGCAAACAAUGUCCAGUGGCGACAUUAUGAUGAAGGCAACAGCUACGAUCGAGUGGCGUUUGCAGUUUCGUUCGAAUGCGGAGUUUCGACGAACAAGAAUGGACCAGGAAUGUGGGCCGUUGACAGCGGGGCAACACAUCACAUCUGCCACGACAAGUUCAAGUUUGCAAGCUUGGUCGAAGGCAAUGAUGGCGAGAUCCUGGUGGCUGAUGGCAACAAGGCGGCCAUCAAAGGUGUGGGGACCAUCUUGGAAAAGGUGAUUCUGCCAAACGGGGAAGAGCGCGAGAUCGAGAUCAAGAAGCGCGCUCUAUGUGCCCAGCAUGAGCAAAAAUCUGCUCUCGGUGCCGCAGAUUAA